AUGGAUCAAGCCUUGUUUUGCGCGGGAGUUGCUUUAACGAACAAACUCGAGUUUCUCAAGUGGGCGAGAGAAGUGAAACAUUGCGAGUGGGAUGAAUGGACGAUUAAUAUGGCCGCAGAAUAUGGUAAUCUCGAGAUGCUGAAGUACUGCUUCUCUAAUGAUUGUCCGUAUGAUGAAGAAGAGAUGUGUAAACGAGCUGUUCAUGGAGGACACCUCAACUGUGUUCGAUUUCUUUUCGACAAAGUGAAACCUUCGCGAGAUACGGAAAAAGAAGCGGCACAACAGGCAGCAUGCGGUGGUCACGUGGAGAUCUUGAAAUAUUUCGUCGAUACAAGAAAGAUAUCUGAUGAGGUGAAGAGUGACUGCGUGGCAGCCGCUGCAAAGUACGGCCAACUCGAUUGCCUCAAAUACUUAGUCGAAGAGGCGAAAGUGCCUCUUCACGACUGGGAAGACAUCGCUUGGGCUCGUUACUACGAGCACCCCGAGUGCGCAAACUACUUGCUCGAAAAAGGGUGCCCAGAACCAACGGAGGGACAACACGCGCAAGUCGUCGCCUUAAUGAAGGAAUUUAGGAGGCAAAGCUCACAGCGCACCGCGUAG